AUGGCUAGGAAUAGACGUCAGAAUCAGAGGCUGAGACCGUCUGAAGAAGUCGAUCUUGACGAAGUUGACACCUUUGAUGCCAACCAGGAAAAGAUUCUUCUUGAAUCAGCUGGAGAGUACGCACCCAGAGGCCGCGAUGAGUUUGACGAUGACAUUUCUGAGGAAGAAGUAUUAGGAAAUGUCAGUGACGACAGUGAUGAUGACAAAGAAGAUUCAGGUAAAGAUUCGGACGAAAUCGGAUCUGAGGAAGAUGAUGAAGAUGAAGAAGACUAUGAAGAAAGAGGAUGGGGAGGGAAGAAGAAUUACUAUGGCGGAGAUGAAGCUAGCGACGACGAAGAUGCCAAGCAGAUGACUGAGGAGGCUAUGAAGCAGCAGAAGAAAUACUUGACCGAGUUGGCUAUGGACGACUUUGUAGAUGAAGACAUGAUGGAAGACUGGAAGAAGUCAGAAGAACAAGAACAAGCACAUGCUACUGGGGCAACCAGAUUGAUAAUAAAUGAAGGCGCUGUAGAUCAUCUUGAUGAAGAAGACAGACUUAAAUUGUUACACCAGUCGUUUCCUGAGUUUGUGCCGCUUGUUAAAGAAUUGCAUAUGUUGAAGCCUCGUUUGGCUGGGCUUCAUUCCUUAAUGGAAUCCUCAAAAGGAAACCAGUUGAUUGAAGUUAAAUGUGUUGCACUUGCUGCUUAUUUGGCCGCCAUAACAUCGUAUUUUGCCAUCUUCGUAGACAACUUGAAGAGCGGUGGAGCUUUUACGUCGAUGAAGGAGAAUUCUGUGAUGGAAACCAUCUUGUCAUCGCGAGAAGUAUGGAGACAAGCGAACGAGUUGCCUGAAGAUGCAGAAGCAGAAAUUGUAAAUGUGGAAGAAUAUGAAGACGAUGUCAAUGAGAUUGAUAUAGACGAAGUUUCUGAAGAAGAAGAUAGUGACGAAGAAGACAGUGAUGAUAAUGAGAAUGAAGAAUUCGUAGAUGCACAGGAACAUCCAGACGAACUUGACAUAGACAUAUCAUCGAAGAGAACUAUUAAGAGAGUCGUUAAGAAGACUAUUGGAGACUUCACAGAAGCAGCAACUCCUGAAGAUGUAGAUGCAGAAGAGAAACAACGUCGUAAGCGUACUUUACGUUUCUACACUUCUAAGAUUGACCAGGCUGCUGCUAAGAACAACGAGCGUUACUCAGGUGAUGCAGAUUUACCAUACAGAGAAAGAUUGUUUGAAAGACAACAACGUUUAAUAGAAGAAGCACGUAAGAAGGGUUUGGGUCAGGAUAAGAACCUGUUGGGUGCUGACUUGGACGACAACGACUUCAAUUCAGACGAUGAGAGACUAGCAAAUGAAAUCAACGACGGUGAAGACGAUGCAUACUACCAGGCUCUCAAGGAAGGAAAGCAGAAUAAGAAGGAUUCUCGUCGUAGAGCUCAUGAAGAAGCUGUUAAAGCUGCUAAAGAAGGUAAAUUGGCAGAAGUCCAAGAGUCAAUGGGUGAAGAUGGGAAGAGAGCCAUCAACUACCAGAUCCUCAAGAAUAAAGGUCUUACUCCACACAGAAAGAAGGAGUACAGAAACUCCAGAGUCAAGAAGAGAAAGCAGUACGAAAAGGCACAAAAGAAGCUCAAGUCUGUCAGACAAGUAUACGAUGCCAGCAACAGGGGUCCUUAUGGUGGAGAAAAGACUGGUAUCAAGAAAGGGUUAUCCAGAUCCGUCAAGUUGGUAUGA